UGGGAUUUCGUUUAGAAACACGCGGUGGUGACAGCAGACCCCGCCCCGCCGGUGGGGGGACCUGUGUCGAACCCACCCCCCGCUGGAGGCUCCGCCGCCCUUACAGGGGUGGGCAGAGAGCGAGGUGGGCCGUGCUGCUCCCAGCAGCAGGUGGAGGGCUCCGCCGGGGCCGGGCGGCUUUUUCUCUGCUCUCCGGUUGUAUCUGAGGGCGAGCAACUCUGUCUCUGCCGGCGUCGGAGGCGCGGGCGCCCAUCUCCCCGCUGGGGGCUCCGGGGAUCGCCGGGGCUCCCCUCGCCAUGGCUUUCACCUUCGCUGCUUUCUGCUACAUGCUGUCGCUCGUCCUUUGCGCCGCGCUCAUCUUCUUCGCUAUCUGGCAUAUAAUCGCCUUUGAUGAGCUGCGGACUGACUUCAAAAGCCCAAUAGAUCAGUGCAACCCAGCCCAUGCAAGAGAGCGGCUGAGAAACAUUGAACGUAUUUGCUUCCUCCUACGAAAGCUGGUGUUGCCGGAGUACUCCAUCCAUAGCCUUUUCUGCAUAAUGUUUUUGUGUGCUCAGGAAUGGCUCACACUGGGCUUAAACGUUCCUCUGCUUUUUUAUCACUUCUGGAGGUAUUUUCGUUGCCCAGCAGAUAGUUCAGAACUUGCUUAUGAUCCACCUGCUGUCAUGAAUGCUGAUACCUUGAGUUACUGUCAAAAAGAGGCCUGGUGUAAGCUAGCUUUCUAUCUCCUUUCUUUCUUCUACUAUCUUUACUGCAUGAUCUACACUUUGGUGAGCUCUUAACUAAAAGACCAUCAUUAAAGACUGAAAACAACAAAAGCUGUGGAGAUGCAAGGAGGAGUGAGCCAAGUGAUUCAUGAUUCAAAGAUAAAUAAGUAAAUGAAAAUUAAAGAGAGGAAAACUUUGAACCCACAAAAUAAAUAGAGUAUGUGACAGAGACACCAAGCAGAAGCAGAGGACCAUGAAGAAAGGCUGAGUUAACUGUGUUUAUCUCCUGUCUCUGCAUAUUGCAGUAAAUCACUUUCAAAACCCAAGGGAAACAAAAACAUGCAACCAAGUCGACUGAGAUACAGAACUGUUUUCCUCUUCAAGGAUAAUGCUGCUCAGCUAAGUGGAUUCAUCAUAAACUGCAGUCCCUACUGUCUUCCAAGGAGCAAAGUUUCUUUUUUCUUUUUUAAUGACUGUUCUGUUUUGAGGAAGCAGAGGACAAGAUCAUCAUAAACAGCAGGAACAUUUAUACAAUAUGUUAUGAAAAUGAGCACUAACUGGGGUUCAGACGAGACAUGUGACUGUUCUGCAGGGGUGUUCAUGUGACACAUCAAACAGGGAUGUUGGAUCUUGUGGAAUUGCUUUCUGUGGCUUUUUUUUUUUCCCACUCAUCUUCAACAAUAACAACAAAAUAAUUUAGAAAUGGCAGUGUUCUGUUUUGUUUUAAUGACACAGUAUUACUGUAGACUAAAAUCCAGUACGUUUCUGUACUUCAUUUGUGAUGCAUCAAUAACAUAGCGAUAAGUGUAAAUACAGUGGAAUUGGCCUAACCAUAUCAAGCACAUACCAGAGUAGUGUUCCCCUGACUGCAAAAAAGACUGGUAAGAGCUACAUAAGUUAGAGGAUUGUAAUAUAGAUAUUAUAUUCAUUAGAAUUCUGGACAAUGAAACACCAGACCAGACUGUGGUCUGAAAUUCUAUUGUGCAAUUUCAUUUCUGCUGUCAAAUUUAUGCUGAAAGUCGUGAAAUGUUUUUGUUCCAUAUGAGGUGGGUAUUUAAGUUGUUCCGUUUUUUUUUUUAUAACUUAAAAGGAUUUUAUUUUAUUGUAUAGCUAAUAUUUAAUUUUAUACAUAUGAGCUGUAAAUCUUCCUAUAUAUGUAUAAUACAAAUACACAUCUAUGUAAGCACCCACAAUCUAUUCAUAUUUUAUGUUAAUCUCUUUGAUUUACCAGGUCAAAAGCAUCAUCUGUUCAGAACUGCUUCUAAAUAUGCUUCAGCACAGAAACUUGUGAACCAGGGCUGCCUCCCUCAGAAUCUCUAAGGUAUUUCAAGGCAGGCACUGGUGCCCUGGGCAGCAGGAAGCUUCUAAGAAUAUUACCAGCACACACAAAGAUCAGGUCCUGCACUGUGAAUGAGCUAAUAAGACAUAUUUUUGGCACAGGUGCUGAGGAGAGCAGGGCAGAAAGUUCUGUAUGGAAAUAGCUUGUUCACAACUGGUCUCGUUAGCUUUGGCCCAGUGCUGACCCUGCCAAAUUUGACAUGGCUGUUGAGAGCCAACAGAUUGUUCCUAAGGACUUUUGGGCACAAGACUUCAGAAAGAAAGGUCCAGCCUCACAUUCAGCACUGCUCCUGUGCUAAUAAACUCUACUUAGAGCAUACUGGAGAACCAGUGGCUGCAUGCAGUAAUCUCAUGUCUGGCAAAAUAAAAACUGAGCUGGAGUUAAUGCGUUGUGUACAGUGCCAAGGCUUUUUCUGGUUUGAUCAGCCUACGCUGACAAAAUUAAAUCCUCUUAGCCUGCAAAGCACAGUUGGUGCAUGCUAACUGACUGCUCUCGGCCUGUGCCAAGAUCAUGGCUUGGAGAGAGUGCUAACUGACUUCUGUAAAAGGUAUACCAAGGACAUACUAACAAUAUUUAGAUCAUGAAGUUCUGCUUAGCACUAACAUUCUACAAUUUGCCAGUGCAGAUAUAACCGAUAGCCUUGCAUUGUGCAGUCUUAAUUCUAACAGCCUGACAUUCCCAUUUCUAGAAGCACACAACAGAGCUGCCAUAUCAGGUUACUUGGGAAACUAAUCUGUGCCUGAUGGUUCACAAAUUUGGAUUGUAUGUGUUGCAGAAGUGACUGAACUGCUCUUCAAAUCACAUUGAUCUUGCAGUCAGUAUGGCUGUAUUUGCUUGGGGUGUGCUUGAGUAAACUGAAAGCUGGCUUUUUCAGUUUUCUAAUAAUCCUUAUUCAAAAAAAUAACCCCAUUGCUUUCAAUAACAAUUAUCUUAAAGAAAAAUUGCAGUCUAAGUGUAUUGUAAAAACUCCUUAAUUGAGGAUACUUCUCUUUUCCUAGAAUUUAGUUAACCUUCUGCUCAGUAUAAAUAACUUAUGAAGCUGGCCAGGGCAUUAAUUGGAGGAUGUUUUGGAUGUAUCUACAGCCCAGAACUAAAGAGCACAUCUAGGCUAUCUGACAGUAUCAAAAAGCUGCUAAUGCUGCAGAUGUCACAGACAACAAAUAGAGUUCUUGAUAUUUUCCUUGCUUGUUGUUGUUGCCCAGACAUCUUACAGUAUCUUGCUGGAUUGCCCCAGCAGACCAACAGCACUUGGCUGCAGUCCUGGGCUAUACACCACUAUGUGUGAUGGCUGCUGUGGCAGAUGGACUUCAAUACCAUAUUCAUACUUGUGUCCAGAUGAAUUAUUUUCUCAUAAUGACAGGAUUUUGUUGCUUUGCUUUAAUAACUUCUGUAGUAGAAAAAUUAUCACUACUCUAAAAGGUCUUUAAAUUUACCUAGUAUUCUUCUGUGUCAAGGCUGAGGGCUGUCUGCUGAACAGUUAUACCCAUGUGUAGUGGAUGAUUUCAUAACCAGACUUACCAUUUUCACUGUUAGACUUGCUAGGUAAUGUAUGAGAGAAAAAGUGUGAAAGAGGUAGGAGGAAUGAUAACGAUGCCCUCUAAGUACCUGGAUAUUUUGCUGCUAAACAUGAGCAAAGCAUACUUUGACCAAACCAGGCAAGUUUGGUCAAUAGCAAAUAAUAGAAAAAGUGAUGAGAUUUUCAGUUACAAGAUCUUCUCUUCCCUGUGUGAUGCUUGAGGAAGAAAUAAUCUGUGCCAUCCUUUUUGUCACCAGUUCUUGGUGGUUGAAGUUUGCAUAUUUCCUCCUCAAGCCUUCUUGCUUCCUGCCUCUUCUCCUAGAAAAGUAAGUACUAUUGCUUAGGAGCAGCACUUUUCUUCUCUCAUGUGCUCUGGUGAUAGAGAUGAACCUCACAAAGGUCAUAAGAAAUCGCAUUAUUUUCUUUGCUCCCUUGAAGAGAUGUGCAGUGAGCGCACAUUCAUUUUCUUUAUUUGUACCAUAUGUAAAGUGAGAAUGGUGUUACCUACCUUGUGAAAUCUUUCCACACGCGUAAUACUCCCUUUCUUUUCAUGAAUGCUGAAUGUAUCUAAAGGGAAAAGGUAGGAGGUGGAAAAAUAAAGUGUGAGUGGAUGAAACCUGAAGGAGUUGCAUAUCAACAGGGUUGCUGCACAGCCUGCUGGCCCAGUUGCCUCCCCCUGGAUAUGAUGGAAAUGCAGCCCCAAUGGGGAGGAACUGCUCUGUGCUUCUCUUCUCCUAUUUAUAGUCAGGUAAAUGAACUGCAGUGAUGCUGAAAUAAGUCACUGCUGCUAUGACUAUUUCAGGUUCAAAUGCAGCAAGUCAAUGCUGAUAGCAGGAUGCUUCACCUACAAAUAAUUAACUGCAUUUAAAGUGUCGUAAAUGCUUUUCCUGGGGCUAUACACUUCCUUUUGCACUGAAAACUCAACAGGGAGUUAUUCAACCUACAGCUUCCUUGAGUAACUGCAUGGACAUUGCAAUGACCUGACACUGCUGAGGGCUUGUGCUUAUUCAUUCAUUAGUAUGGAUAUGAGCACUCUGCUUUUCUUUCUCUGUUCUGUCACAGGGUUAUCCCUAGAUGUAAGGCUAUGAUGGGGGCACAGGCCAUGGGAAAAAGACAAAGAAGGAGAGAGACAAAGGUGCAAAGAAAAAAGGAAGGUUUGCCAUGCAAUCUGGCCGUAUUAAUGGAAGAUAAACAUGCACAUCAGAGGGCUAAGGGGGGAUGUUUCAGUGCCAGACUGUCAGUGAAUGUUAGGCCAACUUGGUAAAUAUCUGACUUCAAAGAAGUUAAUGGAAGUUUUGUCUCUUACUUUGUGUGGGUCCCCCUCAGUACUGUGCAAUUCCCACCAAGAUGGCAAUGGAAAUUAGAACUAGAAGGGAAAAAAAUAGCAAAAUAACUCCAGUUGGUCAAAGAUGUUGUUGGAUGUUAGAUAAGGCUUGUAUUACCAUAAAAAGAAAAGGAGGUAGAAAAGUUGAGGUAAAAUACAGUAUCUUUAUUUAGGAAGCAAUUACUGUCAAUGCAUCACCCAUGCAGCACUGAGGUUUACAUCAAUGAUCUCAAUCCAUUCCUAUUCUGGUGAGUUUAUCAUCUUUUUAUCAGUCCUUAAUCACAAAUGCAUUGUUCUGAUUUAUUCUUUGCUGGAAUGCAAUUGUAGGAGGGCAGAAGGGAAAAUUCUGCUCUGAAAUAAAGCAUUUCCCCCUUUCUUUCCUCUCAAAUAGUCUGUGAGUAUGUGAUAACAAAAUUCUGAUGGUUUCAGUGAUACAUCUCAGCGAUGAAGCUAUUUCCUGCAGGUGAUACUGUUCUGCAGUUUAGUAAACCACUGUUCUGUAAGUAUUUUUAAGUGCUUAUGCAAUUAAAGUAGUUAUUUUCUUACCUGUAAAUUGGUGGGCAACUUCUCAUUCAAAAGCAAAUGUAUUUCUAUGGCCUUGUUCUAUGAGUUUCUGGGUAGUCAGACUAUCAGUAAACCUCUGGGGGAAAUAAAGUACCUUUUAAAAAUG